AUGUUACAGUAUCGGCAACCGGAAGUAUUAUGUUUCUGUGCUCCGGUAAAACAACGUCGUACACAUUUUCCGUUUAUUGCGAUCACCAAGAAAGCACAACCAUCUUCUUCAGCUCAAGGAAUAUAUCUUGGUGAUAGAGAUGAAACAAUGACACGACGUUUAUCAAAUGUUCCGGCGCAAAUUGUCAAUCUACCAGCAUAUACCGAUAUACCACCUCCUAAACCACCUCGUCCCUAUUUAGCAAUUCUUUCAAAUUUAAAUAAACAAAAAGAAGAUGAAGAAAUUAAAAUUAUUUCACCUCAAAUAGCUUCUACCUCAGAUACUAAUCAACAACAACAACAACAACAACAACAACAACAAUUAUCGGUAAAAAAGUCAUUAAAUAAUUUGGAAAUGGAUCGAUCAUGUUCAAUUGUUCGAAGUAUUAGUGAUUAUCAAACAAAUGAUAUUCCAUUAAUAUUUACAAAAAGUCAUACGACAGCAUUUGAUGAGAAAUCACCAAGUUUAUGCAAAGGUAUGACAGAACUUGAGGAUGCACUUAAUUUUACGGAUGAUAAAUCACUUAGCAAUGCAAUGAAUGAUGCGGAAAUGUCGGCGGAAAAAGCGCCAUUGGUAGUAUUGCAAGAAAUAUGUUCCGGUAUUUCAGCGGAUAAUGAAAAUAUUUCACAUAAUGGUCAUAAGAUUGCUUGUGAAAGUUGUCAUACGAUAGUACAUUGCGAUAAUUCAACGGUGAAUACUUGCAAAUGCAAUCAUCAUCCGGUUGCUUCACGUUUCAAAAUUAUUCCCACUAUUUCCACAACUCAUUCCGGUAUUGGUUUACCGGAAUUCAAACAAAACAUUGGUGACAUUGCAGAAGAAGUAAUUUCAAAACCAACCAAUGCAACAAUAAUUAGAAUACAGGAAAAUACUGAACCAAUGAAUGUAUUUGAUCCAUUGGAAAAUAUUUCAGAAGAUUAUGAUGCGAUGCAACAACAACAGUCAUUUGUUGAUCCACAAGAAGCAACAUAUAUGGAUGUAGCUGUUAUUCGUUGUCUUCUAAUUAAAUAUUGGGCUGAAAAUGGUGUUUAUUGGGCGUUAAAAUAUUUGUUAAAUCGUUUAUUCGAAAUUAAAAUAUAUCGAAAUUCGCAAAAUAUCACAUAUCGUUUACAUUCACGUACUAAUUCAAUGCUAAAUAUUCCACGUUUAAAAUUAUAUUCGAGCAAAAUGGUUAAAGAAAAUCGAAAAUUUUUGGAUAAAAUUCAAUAUCGACCAUUAGCAUGGGAUGAUUUACAAUUAGGAGAUGUUGCUAAAAAGUUGGAAGAAAAUAAAUUUAAUAUGAGGCAACAAAAUAUUUCAUCUUUUCGAUUUAGCAAUAAAUGCUAUAGUUUAUCAUCUGAUUCAUUGCUACAAACAACAGCUUUAUCAAGACGAAAUGAUAUGAUGAUAUCAGGAAGCAUUGAUAAAACUCGUAGUAAUCGUGGACAUUUGGAACGAGAAAAAAGUGAUCCAUCAGGAACAAAUUCAUCUGAUGGUCUUUCAACACGUGAUGCAAGAAGUAGUUCUAUUAUCGGAUUACCUAAACAAGUUACCAAUGAACUUUGCACUUCACAAUUCUUUCCUGAGGCACCUGGAAGUACAAAUUUCAUCGAACAAAAUGGACAAAUUAGUUUUAUCAUUUUAUUAAAAGCAAUUAAUUUUGCUAUCGAACGACGUUCAUCCGUUCGAAUUUAUGAAUUAGCAUUAAAUAUAUGUGAAAGUUUAUUGGAAAUGCCUGAAACAGAAUUACAAUCAUUUUUCGAUGAUUGCAUUAAUAUAGUCCUUAGGACAUAUUUAUGGCUAGGUUGUCCAUAUGGAUGUAAUGAUGGCUUACGAUCACAGCAAAAGUAUAAUGCACAAAUGCUAAUUGAUACAUUACAUUCGGUGACAGGUUUUUGUAGAUGUGGCGUAACCGGUAAGCAUUUUUUCCGGACAUAUUUAUGGCUAGGUUGUCCAUAUGGAUGUAAUGAUGGCUUACGAUCACAGCAAAGUGAUUUUUUGAGAAUUAAGGCACGAACCAUUCUUGCAACCAUUUCUUAUACUAAUCCGGAAAUUUUCCGUAAUUUAUUGAUUAACCAUAUUGAAGAGUAUAAUGCACAAAUGCUAAUUGAUACAUUACAUUCGGUAACAGGUUUUUGUAGAUGUGGCGUAACCGCUGGAAUUCAUCGUACACGAAGUAGCUCAUCACCACAUCAUCGAACUACAGUAUCCGAUUCUUCCAAACCAUCAUAUGAAAAUAAUUUUAAUGAAAGUUUAAAAGGAAUUGAAGGAAUAGUUAUUAAAGUUAUACUUAAACCAGUAGUAUCAAAAUUGAUGAAUGCAAUGAAUGAACUUUUACAACCUGAAAAUAUGAGUUUAUAUCAAGAUGUACGACUAUUUGUAGCAUUUAUUCAAGAACAACAUGGUAAUUCAUUUCGACGUGUAGGUUUGAGUGCUUUAUUAGAUGGACGACCAUCCGAAAAUCAAAGUCAAUUUCUUGAUGUCGGUACGUCACAGCUGUAUUCUUCCCGUCGCACAUCCUUACUGUGUCCACUCCCUGAAAUCUUUCUAUCCGAACGAAAAUUCGCAAACAACGAUGACAACGAGUAA